CCAGUCUGGGGCUUGGGCUUGGGCUUGGGCUUAGCCUUUGCCUAUAUGUGCCUCUCGUGUCCGCGGCACCCACUCUUCUCGCCUUCGCUCGUUUCAGUACUCUAGACUGCUGUGCUGCUGCUGCUACAUCUGCGCCUGCUGUGUUGCUGCUGCUGUCGUCUGCUGUGAUCGCCAUCUCUGAGUGUUUAUCUCUCUCGUUAUCUGUCUCUCUGUCGUGAGAGAUUGUGUGUGCGGACAGCGCGAGUGCUCGUGGGUUCUGCCCCAGGAACACCGACUCCUCCCCCCACCACCAUCACCACCACCUCCUCCUCCUCCUCCACAUUGCUUGCUCGCGCUCGAACGAGCGAGUGUGUGUCUGUGUGUGUGCUAGCGAGCCAGCCAGCGGACGAGGGUGCGAGCGUGCGAGCGCGAGUAACCGACGGACCGGCGCCUGUUUUGGAAGUCGGCCUUCUUCCGUCCGAGCCUCACUUCACUGUCUUCAAUGUCGUGCAUCGUUUUCGCGAGCGAGCGAGUAAGUGUCGACGGGAGCGAAGGGUGGCGUCUUCGAGAGCUCUAGCGUAGAGAGAAAAGGAACAGGCAGAGGAAGCGAAACCAAGCGCAGCGCAGCGAAGCCACAAGAAGAGAAGAGAAGAGACGAGACGAGACGAGACGAAAGGAGAGACGAGGCGAGACAAGUGGAGUGGAGUUCAGUUGAGUUGAGAUAGGGUCGAGGUAGUGGGAGCUGCACGCACUGCGGUGCCCUCGUCGUUUGCCCCGGCCGUCGCGUUCGAGCGAGCGAGCUUUCGAGCGUCUAUAUGCAAUUUGGGUCUGGGUCUUGUGUGCUCCGCCCAAGCCUUAUGCAUGCAGUGCCUCAGCCUCCAUUCUCCAUCCAGCCUCCCUACACCCCAACCAGUGUUUCGCCUCACCGCCGCUCCGUUGUGCUCUCUCUCUUCAUAUCAAUCCCUUUCACUCAGCCUUCUCUGCGCGCAUAAUCGCCCCCACCCGCGCCACCCGCCUCAGCACCAUCCCCAUUCAGUCGAAGCUGGUGCGUAUCAGCAGCAGCAGCUCAUCCACGGCGAGAGCGUGUCGUAGAGGGCCGAAUCAUCCGCCAUCAUCGGAUCCAUCAGGUCGGGCCGGCGUCGCAACGCAGGGCCUGCUCGCAGCACGACAGCCUCUGCUGGUCCAGUCGGUCGAUGGAUUAUAGCCCAACUCUCUUCUCAGUAGCCCCAUCCUCGUCUGUCCUCUCUCUCUUCUGAGCCUCCAGCUCUUCUGGUUUGCCCCUUCUUGCCGCCGGGUUUCGUUAGUCGCAACACUGGACAUCACUUGAAAAUAUGUCUUCCGAGGUCAUCUGAUCUCUUCGCCCCCGCCUUCCCUCGUCGUGCCGCCAUCGCCAUCCCCGCAGCAGCCGCUCGACCCCAGUCACCGCUCACACCCAUCGCUCGGAGGGAGUUGGCGCCCCGUCGCUGCAUCAACAUCAGUCUAUGGCUGCUUACUUUCCCUGCUUUGUAACCGUAACGGAGUCCCCGUCUAUGUCGUAAGAGGACACGAGGAGCUUGCUUUGGCCUGCACGGUAUCGACACCAUCACCAACAUCUCGCUGCUGUCUCGACUCGAUUCACCAUCACCAUCACCUUCAUCACCGCCCCGAGCACCACCACCACCACCACCACCACAACCUGUAGCUGGCUAGCAGUCGCUCGUAGCAUUUGCACGACCGGAUCCGGAAGCAGAGGCAGGAGGCGGGAGGGCGCAGGAUCAGGCGCAUUUCUUCAUACCAUAGCCUGGACCGCGACGGGAGGAGAGCGCACGGGACUUGGGAAAGAGCAGGUGCUGCAAGGUCGGUGGUCCGCAUGAAAAUGCACGAAAACUCCUACUUGAGCAUGCCCAAUAUUGUUUCCCAAUAUUGCCCGGAUUUGUCGUUGCAGAUAAGCCCCCCGUGCAGCAGUGCUCCCUUCCUCGUCAAGCACAAAAAAAUCCCCGAGAAGAUUGACGACGACCGAGGGUUCGACCUAUGGAAGCGCCCCCAAACAUCGAACCCGCGCCCUGCGACCAGCGUGCUCAGUGAGAGCUCCAGCAAUUGUAGCAGCGCCAGCGACAACCUGACGAGCCCCGAUGCAGCGUCCACGCAAUUGUGCCUCGCCAACCCUUCGCAUCGCCUUCCGGAAGUGACCACGUCCAAAGCGGCCAGCUUCACCAACAGCACGCCCUCGUGCUUCAGCAAGGAAAGCGCCACCAAGCAACCGUCCCUCACCACCACCGCCACCGCCAUCUCGGCCCCCGGAUCAACAGCAGGUCUCGCCCCACACCAUCAGCAGCAGCAGCAGCAGCAUCACCACCACCACCACCACCACCAUCAUCAACACCAACAACACCAACACCAACAGCAGCAGCAGCAGCAGCAGCGCCACCACAACGCAGCGCCCAGCACGCACCAUCAGGCCGGCCAAGCCCCUCCUUCCUUCCUUCAAGAUUCGCACGCCAAGCCUGCGGACUCGACCAAGCUCUUCGGCAGCCAUGAUUCCUCCAAAUCCGUCUACCUCACGAGCUUCCGCGGAGACCUCAACACCAAGUUCGUUCUGCCCGAGCCGUCGACCGGGUACAGCAACAGCGGCAAGGCGCCCGCGGCAGUGUGCUACCCUUGCUUCCCCGAUGUUCCGGCAGCAGACCCCAAGGCCGGAAUUGGUCGAGGUGCAAGAAUGGAGGUCAGUAGUGGAGGGGAUAACCUAGGCCUCGGCGGCAUUGGGUUACGGGUGUCCCCGCCCUACAACCACCAUCUCUCCUACAACUCGACUGGCACCACAGUUCGGGACUCGCCGCAUCUCAGCGGCACCACGACCACCAACAACAAUUCCGACUCUCGUGAGCAGCAUCAGCAGCAGCAGCAGCAACAGCAGCUCGGGCUGUGCUCGCAAAUUCUGAACCUGGCAGGGAGUGGAGUUCCGUUCUCCAGCAACGGCGGCGAGCCCACGGCUCUGAGCCACGCCGGGUCCAACUUGCUGCACAAGGUCGUCGAUGGAUUCUCCUCAAUGAGCCCCCAGGCGGGCAAUGUUGGCUCGUCGUCCAUCAACCCGCAAUUAAGCGCCGGGCGCUCCCCAGUCAAUCCUCAAUCCAGCGUCGGCUUGCUGGGCGACUCGCAGAGUAGCAUUGUCCGCUCGAGAUUCAUGUCCAAACUCCCCAGCAAGCGGAGCAUGCGCGCGCCUCGGAUGCGGUGGACCAGCACGCUUCACGCCCACUUCGUCCACGCCGUCGAGCUUUUGGGAGGCCAUGAAAGAGCCACUCCGAAAUCCGUCCUGGAGCUGAUGAACGUCAAGGACCUCACUCUUGCCCACGUGAAGAGCCAUUUACAGAUGUACCGCACAGUCAAAACGACAGACAAGCCGAGUAAUCCCUCAGGUCAAGCAGACUCGUCGAGCGAGAUCGUUACAGGAGGGCGGAAAGCGGAUGACAGUGCAACGCCGAUCGUCGUGGACUCGGACUCGGGGCAGGAAGGGAACACACUCUCCGAGUCGGGUACAGACGAUGUGCAUCAGGGGGGUCGUUUUUCCCUGCACAUGAAACAAUCUCUGCAGGAGUACCCAUCAAAUUUGUGGGCCAACCCUGACAGCAUGAAUCGAGGUGCAUGGUCAGCCCGAGAGGUGGCCAAAGGCAGUCAAGGAAGGCAAGGCAGCAGCGGCGCUAGCGACGCCGUCUCUUGGCAGCCCAACACUGUUCCAGUGCCCAAUUUCAAGGCAAAAGAUGGAGCGAUGGGCAUGAUGGAGCAAGUGGCACAUUUUGAGCCAAGCAUGGUGGAAGAUGCGGGUUGUAAUUCAAUGCAAUCCCGGAACCAGCAUCUACAUAUGGUCAGUGCAUCGGCCCUCUCGCAACUCGUUUCAUCGCAGAUCACACAGCGGAUCACGAAAAUGCCCAACCUCGAGUUCACUCUGGGCAGACCUGGCUGGCACGAUCAUGCGGACUCGCCCCCGACCGAGCUGCUCCUGCUCAAAUGCUGAGCGCGCGGCCCUCAUCCCCUAUCAGACGGCCGAGCUUCUCUAGAUCGAUUUCUUCUGUGUAUUGUAAAGAAACCAGUUCCUUAUAGCUGCCGAGUUCUGCGAGCAAGCAAGCAGAUCCUUCCCCGACGCCCCGCUCCCAUGCCCUCAAUCAUAGCUCACUCAUCUCUUCCAGUAGCAGCCGAGGACCGUGCCCGCCCUCCAAGUCUCCUCACCCAGCAAUUCUCUCAUGAAUGCACCCGCUCUCUCAACUGUUUCCCAUGAUAUGAUCCGGAUCCACAUGACAUACAGUACACCAUCAAUUCGUGUUCAGCCCGCAUCAUCCAUCGCCCGCCGUCUGAAUGUCUGUGAGUCGUGAAGUUGUUCGCUGAAGAGGUAUGAUUCCCUGUUUACCAUGAGACUCGAUAGACCGAAGCUGCUCUAGCUUGCACCGGAACCAAUGAAAACCGAAAAAAGCUGUCGACCCUUUGGACUUGUUACUUUGAAAUCGAUGCAGGAGGACGGGAACGAGGAGAUUUAGAGAGAAAGCCAGAUAGUUGAGAGAACGUAGAGUAGAGUAGAGAAAGAGUCACUUUCUUAGCUUCUACCUUGGUAAAUAUGAGCAAUGCAAAGGUAGAAGCUAAAUGUGCGCUUUUGCCUCUAUUACAAUUUGUUUAAUUACUAGGAUGUACCAUUAAACCUGGGUGACAAUUUUUACCAUAUUUCUUCUUUGGAUAAGCUGCC